AUGGCGACGGAAAACAUGCCUUCCCGCGGUGUCAAACCAGCAGCAAACCCAACGAUUGUUGCUUCACGCCGACGUGAAAGAGUUUGGACGCCGCUCGCGAUCAAGUCGGCAGAUAAGUACUUUCUCACCUCCCCGCGGUCGCGGAGUUGCGAAAGGGUUCGCCGAAUAAUUGCAACAAUCAAACUGAAGGAGCCAUCGAGCAAUUUGUAUGGUAUUUGUGCGGGCUGUCACCCGCUGAUGCUAUCGGCGCGCCUUGGGGCGCCUAGC